AUGGAUUCCAGAGGAAGCUUCAUCUUGAUAUGUAGUCAUUGAAGCUGUUUUUAUCAUAACAUCAGGUGUGCUCUAUUGCAAGAUAUACGCAACCGUCCGACGCCUUAAAAAUCAGAUCCACGCCCUAGAAGCUGAACAACCUGCACAGAAUGGAGAAAUCGCAAAUGCUGCAAGGCUAAGGAAAACGUCUGUAGCUACAUUCUACGUAUAUGCCGCGUUUCUGGCUUGUUACUUGCCAUUC